AUGACAGUCUAUAAUCUCCCAGACGAUAUUACAUUUACUAAAACGAUUAUUGAACCAGGUCAAGGUCUUCAUGCGCCUAAUGAAGGAUCAAAUUGUAAAGUAAUUAUCAAAUUUUCUCCAACUGAUUAUGUACUUAAUGAAAAUCUAUAUGAUGAUCUUCUUCCUCUAAAUGAAGAAAUUAAUAUUAAUCUUGGAUUUUAUUCAACAAUAAUAAGUAGUUAUGUACACAAAUGUUUAAUAACAAUGAAACAAAAUGAAUUAUCUCAAUUAAAUUUUAAUUAUUCUUCUAAUUCAAAUGAAAAUCAAACAAUAAACAUUUUUAUUCAUUUAAUUUCAUUUGAGCGUUUUCCAGAAAUUUAUUCAAUGUCAAUUGAUAAUCUUUAUAAUUUUGCUUUAAAACAUAAAGAAAAUGCAAAUAAAUUUUUUCAACAAAAAAAUUAUUUUCAAGCAUUUAAACUUUAUCAUCGUUCAUUAUGUUAUGCGUUAAAUUUUAUUAAUGAACAACCAACAGAUGAACAUAACGAAAUUUUAGAAAAUUUUAAUCAACUUAUUUUAUCAAUUUAUUCAAAUAUGUCAGCAUGUCAAUUAAUUUAUGGAAAUAAUUUAAAUGUUAUUGACAAUUGUUCAUCUGCACUUGAAAUUAAUCCAACAUAUGUUAAAGCAUUGUAUCGUCGUGGUUAUGCUUAUUCUAAUUUAAAUGAUUAUGAAUUAGCAUUAAAAGAUCUUCAAUUAGCAAAUAAAAUUCAACCAAAUGAUGAAAAAAUCGAAAGUUUAUUAAAAACAACAAAACAACGUUUGGAAGAAUAUAAUAAAAUAUUAGGAAAAUCAUUAAAAAAUUUCUUUUGA